AUGCCGGCAUUUGUGUCAGCAUGGGAAGCAGCUUGCAAUAAAACAAAAGAAAAUGCAAAGAUAUCAGUAGGCAGUGGGAAGACAUAUUUGGUUUCUGAAAUCCAAUUUCAAGGGCCAUGCUCUUCCACCUCAAUCACAUUUGAGAUACUAGGAAAGAUUGUGGCUCCACCAAGAUCAGCAUGGCAGAAGAAUGGCUCGAACGAAUGGCUCUAUUUUCACAGAGUCGACGGGCUCACUGUGGUAGGGGAGCGCCAAGGAGUGAUCGAUGGCCGUGGAGAGACGUGGUGGAAGAAUGGCGAUUCGAUAUCACGACCGACUGCAAUGCGGUUUUCUCUCUGCAACAGACUUGAAGUCAGGGGAUUGAAACAUGUAAACAGCCAGAUGAACCAUGUUUCUAUAAACGGAUGCAAAAACGCGACUGUUUCAGACCUAGUCAUGAUCGCCCCUUCGGAGAGCCCCAACACAGAUGGAAUUGACAUCAGUAAUUCAAGCGGUCUUCGCAUUGUUAACUCUUCCAUGGAAACUGGGGAUGACUGCAUUGCCAUUAAUGGUGGUACUUCACAAGUCAACAUAUCCAACAUAUUCUGUGGCCCUGGACAUGGAAUAAGUAUCGGGAGUUUAGGGAAGAAUGGGAAGCGCGAAGAAGUAGAAGCAAUAAACAUACGCAAUUGCACUUUUAACAGAACUACAAAUGGAGUGAGGAUCAAAACAUGGCAGGGAGGUUCUGGAUUUGCCAGGAACAUCAAUUUCUCCCAGAUAAUCUUUAUAGAGGCUAAAAACCCCGUUAUCAUCAACCAGAAUUACUGCCCUCACAAGAUAUGCGCUGAAAAAAAAUCAGCAGUCAAUGUGAGUGAUGUGGGAUAUUAUGGACUUCGUGGCACAUCCAUCAGCAAGAAUGAUGCUACGAUUACCUUCAACUGCAGCAAGACGGUACAUUGCACUAACAUCAAUGUGGACGAUGUGGACAUAAAAUCGGCAGGUACAAAUCAACCAACAAGGUCCUUCUGCUCCAAUGCUCAUGGAAAAGCUCGUGCAUUGAUGCCGGCAUUGGGUUGCCUGCUCAAGUGAAAAUUCGGGAUACGGAUAUAAGGCAUAGGCUGCAGAAGAGUAACAGAACCGUGACAUAUGUAACACAGGCGUCCAUUUUG